AAACGCUAUAUUUUCAAAAAUGACACGUCUUCUAUAGUGCCUGACUACUUGCGUCGUGUAAUGAUUUUCUUUAUUAAAAAUUAAAAAUGGGCGGCCAAAAAUUUGAAUAUGAUGAAAGUGGAUCUACUUUCUUUUAUUUUGUUUUAUCAUUUCUGGCCCUAAUAUUGGUGCCCACUACUUUUUAUUAUUGGCCAAGGAAAAGGAAAGAAGAUCCAGCGAAAAAAGCGGAAUUAUGCCAGUGUCCAAACUGUGUAAAGAAACAGCAAAUUAUAGAACAAUCACAACCCUAUAAGGGUGUAAAAAAUUUCUUUAUAAAGAUAGCUAUCGUGUUAGGAUGGGUGCUACUUGGAUUUUUAGCUUACAAAGUAUCUCAGUUUGAUUACGAGAUGUCUAACUUUGAUCCAUAUGAAAUAUUGGGGUUACCUCCAGGCGCAACACAAGCAGAAAUUAAAAAAUCAUACCGCAAACAGUCAUUAAUACUUCAUCCCGAUAAGGAAACUGGUGAUGAAAAAGCCUUUAUGAAAUUAACUAAAGCUUAUCAGGCUUUAACAGAUGAUGAGGCAAGGCGUAAUUUUGAAAAGUAUGGAAAUCCUGAUGGUCCAGGUGCUAUGAGCUUUGGUAUAGCCUUGCCUAGUUGGAUAGUUGAGAAAGAAAAUAGUGUUUGGGUGCUUGGUCUAUAUGCUCUAGUGUUUAUGGUGGCCUUACCAACAGCUGUUGGCACAUGGUGGUAUAGAUCUAUUCGGUUUUCAGGCGAGCAAGUUUUACUAGAUACAACCCAGAUGUAUUUUUAUUUUUGUCACAAAACACCAUCUAUGCCACUGAAGAGAGCUCUCAUGAUACUUGCUGCAUCUUGUGAGUUUGAUCGCAAACAUAAUUCUGAGGUUAUUGAGAGAAUAACUGAUAAUGAAGAAGUUCCAAUGUUACUUCGCGAAUUACCAAACCUAGGCGAGAAGAAUAAAGAGCAGCCACUCUGCAGACCAUACAGUAUUAAGGCUCGUGCUCUUCUCCACGCUCACUUGUCCCGGAUGAAGUUGCCGCCCAAUACACUGGAGUGCGACCGACGAUAUGUGGUGUCCCGUUGCCCUGACCUCAUCGUCGAGAUGGUCAACUGCGUCAAUCAGCUUAUAGCUCUCGCAUACGCCGGAAGAAUACCUCGACUACCAACAAUUGAAACAAUUGAAAAUUGCAUGAAACUGUCCCCAAUGACAGUACAAGGACUAUGGGAGUACAAGUCUCCCUUGCUGCAGUUACCAUAUAUCACAGAAGACCAUUUGAAACACUUCACAAAUCGCAAGAAGCACAUCAAAUCAUUACUCCAAUUAGCUCAGUUGCCUGGUGAAGACAGAAGACAAGUACUGAGAUUCCUUAAUGAUAAGCAAUAUGAUGACCUAAUGAAAGUUUUAGGCAACAUGCCUUAUAUUCAUUUUCAAGUAAACACAGAAGUAAUUGAUGAUGAAAAUUCAACUGUGGUGACAGCCGGCGCGAUUGUGACCGUUACUGUACUUCUACGUCGAACCAAUAUGAAAGAACUCUUUGGAGACACCACAAUAAAAGAAAAAGGUAUCAAAGAAGAUGAAGAAGCUUCCGGUGAGAAUGGAGAAAAAGGGGACAAUGACAAAAACGAUAAAACUGAUAAAAAAGAAACAUUCAAACGGCCCGUGUGGAUGAAACAGACAAAGAAACACGCACCGCCCAAGAAAAGUAAAAAACCAGCGGCUAAUAAACAACAGGCAAAACCAGCAGCAGUGAAUUCAACGCCACCGCCGCCCAGUAGUGACGUCAAGAAACCUAAACAACCAAAGAAGAGAGAAGAAGAAGGCGAAGAAUCGGACGUCGGUAGUUCAGACGGUGAAUCCGGAUCACAUAGUUCCGCGUCCGAAGAUGAGUCCCGUGAGAAGUCGUCCGCCGCGGAAGAUGAUGACGACCAAUGGGACAAGUUCCAAAAGCGACUGCAAAAACGCGAGCGGCUUGAGGGACGUUCCAAGAGUUCCCAUCCAGUCCAUUGUCCAUACUUCCCACAGGAGAAGCAGGAGUUCUGGUGGUGUUACAUCUGCGACCGCAAGUCUCACACGCUGCUGACGGCGCCGGCGCACGUGACCGCGUUGGUUGACACCCACGAACUCCAACUGCGGUUCACGGCGCCCCGCUGGCCCGGUCUCUACACACUCGCCUGUUGUUUGCGAUCAGAUUCGUAUAUCGGCAUGGAUCAACAACAAGACAUGAAGGUAGACGUGAAGGAGGCGGCCGCAGUGCCCGCUGAACAUCCACAAUGGGACCUCAGCGACUCUGAUACAGACAACAAUGAUCAGGGAGGCAACGAGAGUGAAUUCACGACAGACGACGAAGCUGAAGAGGAUUAGCAAAGUAAUUAAGUUAUUUUUAUAGAGUUUAUUAUGGGGUAUAUGCGGCAUAAGUUGUUGUAUUGUAUGAGAGCGAA